AUGAAAAGUGAGCCAAUAAAAGAAUAUAUUCAGUCCCCUUCUGUGUGUGGCAACAAAUUCACUGAGAUAGGGGAGGACUGUGACUGUGGUACUGUAGAGGAAUGCACCAACCCUUGCUGUGAUGCUGAGACCUGCAAAUUCAAAAACAAAGCCCAAUGUGCAGUUGGAGAAUGUUGUGAGAACUGUAAAAUCAAGAAAGCAGGGACUGUGUGCAGACCUAUGAAAGAUGAUUGUGACCUUGCAGAUAUGUGUGAUGGGAAGAAUCCAGAAUGUCCAUCCGAUCGCUUCAUUUUUAAUGGACAUCCCUGCAAUGAUGGCCAAGGUUACUGUUACAAUGGGAAGUGCCCGAGUUUGGAAGACCAAUGCAUGGACCUGUGGGGAGCAGGCAAGUGA